CUAGUCCCAAUUUCUUGUAAGCCAUGAUUCUGAUAUUUAUGGUGAAGGCUCAUUCCUUCAUUGGUACACCAUUUGCCUGUGCUGCUUGACCUGUGGCUAAAAAAUUACAGUCGAUCCUACAAAGGCUAGUGUGGAAUUCAUGCAGAAAGUGGCCUUCAGGGUGCCAGUAAACUGAAGCUAUUACCUCCCUCCCUUUCCUGAGGUCAUGGAGGUUCUUUAGGCAUUUGUUUCUGGGGCCUGUCCUGCUCCUGGGGCCUUCAGAGCAACAUUGCCUGUGGGUUUCCAGAUGUAGAGCCCCACAGUGUGCCAGUACUGUCCAGAACCAGGUUGGUUUCAAGUGGGCGUUGCAAGUUUUGCUUAGCACUUAACUGAGCUGCUCAGAAUGCACACACCAUCUACCCUUUCUGGCAGGUAGAGUAUUACAAUUUCACAAAGAAUUCUAAUUUGUUUUGACCUACUUUUUGGUUAGAAAAUGUAUUCACUGGUGUUAGAGGUUAGUUCUUGAACAGACUUUCAGCAGCUGGUUUAGAAAACACUUCUCACCCUGUCCUGUCUGUCCCCACACUCCAUUACCCCCCAUGCUUCUGGGAUCUAUUAACUACUUUGGCUCUAACCAAACACAAUUAACUUACAUUCCUUGAUAGCAAUAAGGAUCUUUUUAUCUUGAUAGUAUUUGAAAACUGUUUGCUGUUUACAAUGACUUAAUGGUGUGUGUCUCUCUUUGUAUUUGUGUGUGUGCUUUGUGCAUUUUCUUUUGCAGCUUGAGCUCAGUGAGAAUAGAGUCUAUGGAGGUCUGGACAUGUUAGCAGAAAAACUCCCAAAUCUCACACAUCUAAACUUAAGUGGAAAUAAACUGAAAGACAUCAGUACCUUGGAACCUUUGAAAAAGUUGGAAUUUCUGAAAAGCCUGGAUCUGUUUAACUGUGAGGUCACUAACCUGAACGACUACCGAGAGAGUGUCUUUAGGCUGCUGCCGCAGCUGACCUACCUGGACGGCUAUGAUCGAGAGGACCGGGAAGCCCCCGACUCAGAUGCUGAGGUGGACGGUGUGGACGAAGAAGAGGAAGACGAAGAAGGUGAAGAUGAAGAAGACGAGGAGGAUGAGGAUGGUGAGGAGGAAGAGUUUGAUGAAGAAGAAGAUGAAGACGAAGACGAAGAUGUAGAAGGGGAAGAAGAUGAAGACGAAGUCAGUGGGGAGGAAGAAGAAUUUGGACAUGAUGGAGAAGUCGAUGAAGAUGAAGAAGAUGAGGAUGAGGAUGAGGAUGAAGAGGAGGAAGAAAGUGGGAAAGGUGAGAAGAGGAAGAGAGAGACAGAUGAUGAAGGAGAAGAUGAUUAAGACCCCAAGUAACCUGCAAAGACAGAACUGUUCAGUGUUGGUUGGACUGCUCAUGGAUUUGGUAGCUGUUUAAAAAAGAGGUAGCUGUGAUACAAACCCCAGGACACCCACCCACCCAAAGAGCCAAAGAAUAGUUCCUGUGACAUUCCGCCUUCCUCCAUUUAGUCCCUCUUGGUAAUCUACUACCAAGCUGUGGGGACUUCACCCCAACAAAAUUGUAAGCGUUGUUAGGUUUUCGUGUAAGACUUUCUGUAGCGUGGAUAGCUGUGAUUGGUGAGUCAAUCGUCCGUGGCUACCAGUUACACUGAGAUUGUAACAGCAUUUUUACUUUCUGUACAACAAAAAAGCUUUGUAAAUAAAAUCUUAACAUUUUUGGGUCUGUU